GGGAGGGCACUUCCGGUCCGCCAUGCUGCACGCUCCGCUGCUCCAGGGCUGAGGGAGACGCCGAUACAGUGUUGUUCCGCUACCCCGCUGCCGGGAGCUGUGAGGAGAGCCGGGAGAGCUCGGAAUCCGCCAUGGAUGCAGUGACGUAUGAGGAUGUGCAUGUGAACUUCACUCAUGAAGAGUGGGCUUUGCUGGAUCCUUCCCAGAAGAGACUCUACAAAGAUGUGAUGCAAGAAACCUACUGGAACCUCACUAUUAUAGGGUACAAAUGGGAAGACACUGAUAUUAAAGAACAUGAUCAAAGUUCUAGAAGACAUGGAAGGUAUAUCAUCUGUCACUCUGGAUAUAAGCCAUGUGAGCAUACGGGAUGUGGAAAAAUGUAUUGUUCUUCUGUCUCUCUCAGAACAGUUAGAAAAUAUGUAGUAGUCCCCACUAUGGGAAGAUAUGACUGUGGUACAAGUUUACAGUUAAUUGGUUUUCCAACUUCAGUAGGAAUAUAUCAACAAAUUCACAUUGAAGAAAAACUUUAUGACUACAGGAAAUAUGGAAAUUUGUCUGUCUAUACAGGUUUGCUUUGCACAUGUGGUAUGACUCACAGUAUAAGAAAAUGUUAUGCAUGCAAUCAGUAUGGUAAAACCCUGAGUUCUCUUCAAAGAUAUAAAAAGAAUCAUGUGGGAAGAGGAAGUAAUAAGUGUGAGCCAUCUACUAAAGGCUUUAACCACUACAGGUAUCUUCAAACAUACAAAACAACCAAUAAUGAAGAGGAUCUCUAUGAAUAUAAUCAACAUGACAAAUCUUUUAGAUCUGAUUCCUCUAUAAAAGUACACCAAAGAACACAUUUGGAAUUAAAACCCUAUGUAUAUAGUGAAAGUGGCCAAGCUUUAACAUGUCACAGUCUUCAUCUAGUUAGUCAAACUCAUACUAGUGAGAAAAGUUAUGACUAUGAUCAGUGUGAUAAAGCCUUUGUAUGUCCCAGUUAUCUCCAAAGACAUAAAAGAAGUCAUUCUGGAAAGAAACACUAUGAAUGUAAUCAGUGUGGUAAAGCCUUUACACAGAGGAGUAAUCUUCACAGGCAUGAAAUAAUUCAUACUGGACAGAAACCCUAUAAAUGUAAUCAAUGUGGUAAAGUCUUUGCACAGAACAGUUAUCUUCAAAUACAUGAAAGAAGUCAUACUGGAGAGAAACCCUAUGAAUGUAGUCAAUGCAGUAAAGCCUUUGCAUGUAAAAGUGAUCUUCACAGGCAUGAAAGAAAUCAUACUGGAGAUAAACCCUAUGGAUGUAAUCAGUGUGGUAAAGCCUUUAUAUAUAAAAGUCAUCUUCACAGGCAUGAAAGAAGUCAUACAGGAGAGAAACCCUAUGAAUGUAGUCAAUGUUGUAAAGCCUUUGCACAAAAGAGUAGUCUUCACAGGCAUGAAAGAAGUCAUAAUGGAGAGAAACCCUAUGAAUGUAAUCAAUGUGGUAAAGCCUUUGUACAGAACAGUCAUCUUCAAAUACAUGAAAGAAGUCAUACUGGAGAGAAGCCCUAUGAAUGUGGUCAAUGUGGUAAAGCCUUUGCAUGUAAAAGUGAUCUUCAUAGGCAUGAAAGAAGUCAUACUGGAGAGAAACCCUAUGGAUGCAGUCAAUGUAGUAAAGCUUUUGCAUAUAAAAGUCAUUUUAACAGACAUGGAAGGAGUCACACUGGAGAGAAACCCUUUGGAUGUAAUCAAUCUGGUAGAGACUUUGCAUGUAACAGUCAUCUUCAAAUAAAUGAAAGAACUCAGUCUGAAGAAAAUUCCUAUGAAUGGAAUCAAUGUGGUAAAUCUUUUGCUUAUAAAAGUCAUCUUCAUAGUCAUGAAAGAAAUCAGACUCAACAACAACCCUAUGAAUGCAAUCAGUGUGAUAAAACCUUUACAUGUUACCAAACACUUCAAAAUCAUGCAAAAAUUCACACUGGUGAAAAUUCCCCUGAACUUAAUAAAUGAGGUAAAGACUUGCACUCAACCUACAUUAAUCCCACUGAGCUAUAUCCAACUGGUGCUUGAGUAUGAUUAGUAUAGCCACUCCACCAUUAACAUAUUGUGUCCUUUUCAAGUUGUAAACAUAUUGCAUUUGAUGAAUACAGGAACACACGAUAGUUUGAAUAAUAAAACCUACUU